GCGGGCCCCGCGGCGGGCCAGGCCACCAGCUCGAUGCCCAUGUCGCGGUCCGAGCCCGUGUCCCUCGCCAACCUGGACAGGGACUGCUUCAUCAUUCCACUGCACGCCGUGGACCGCUUCCUCCCGGAGGGCGUCCCGCUGCCGGAGCCCAGCCAGCUGGGGCAGCUGAGCCAGCAGUCGCUGUGCGGCGGCAGCGGCGUCAAGGUGCUGGAGGUGGCGGACCCGCUGCUGUCCGUGCUGCUGCACUUGAUGACGCCCAUGGAGCCGCUGGAGCCGCUGCUGGAGUCGCCGCUCGCCUCGCCGCACAAGCAGCAGGGCGCCGCGGCGGCGGACCUCGUGCAGGAAGUCAGCAAGGGCAACUCGGCCGUCCGGGGCAUGCUGCUCACCAACAUGGAGAAGAACUCCGAGUUCCCGUACAUCUCGUACUACGUCAUCAACUCGGCGCAGACGGACCCCAAGGACUUCUUCCGGUCGCUGCGCUCUGCCUCGCUGCGCAAGUUCGACCCGCGCAACAUUCGCUACACGGCGAGCCACACCCUGGACCUGUUCAACGAGGUGGCCACCAUCGCGCGCCCGCCCUUCGACCCGGGCUACCCGUCGUCCACGGCCCCCCGGCGCCCGCCCUCGGCCUCCACGGGCUACAUCGUGUCCUUCUACAAGGUCUUCGAGGGAGAUGACGGCCGCCGCUUCGAGAAGAACUGGCUCUACUGGACGGGAGCGCGCAUGCUUUACAGGUACCUGCCGCGGUCCGUGGGGCUGCGGCGCAUCACGCUGCACAAGUCCAUCUCGCAGGGCGACAAGCUGUACCUGCUCAUGGUGGAGUGCGCCAACUUCCUGGAGGACCUGUCGGCCGCGGCCGUACUGAUCCCCGCCCUGCGAGCGCGCCUGUGCGGCUACACUGGCAUCUACCGCGCCGCGCCGCUGCCGCAGUCCACCCCUUGCUGAGGCGCGGCGAGGCGGCACCCGGAACCCAGUCCGGGGCGUCCGGGUCCGGGGACAGCGAGCCGGACUGGCGGUGCGCUCGCGGUGGAGACACUCAGAGUUGUGAUCAAGUGCAUUCCUAAAACAACCUGGAUGCAAGUCACCGGCAAAAGUCCAGGUCCACCUUGCCACCACCGCCCGCUCUGCCAUGCCUCGCUACACCCGCUCCGCCACGCCCCGCCCCGCCACGCGAAAUUGCUUGUCGGUGCACUUAUGGGACCAAUGCACAGCGCUUCCUGAUGCGACGCGUGACGCGUGUGCGGCCUGUGCCCUCGCGGCCGCGGGGCACUGCCCCCAGCCCCCACCGCGUCAGAUGUAGUCCGAUUUUGAUACGCUGUUUCCGGCUACGCACUGCGCGGCCAGCGAGAUUCGUUCUCAUGGAGUUAGUUAGCUGCUGUCAGGUUGAUUUAUUUAAAAAAAAAAAAAAAAAACAAUACUACUGCCUAUCGAGGAGAACUAUUUUAUGACGAUGUGCUAUCUUAGCGAGUCUACUUGAAUUUUUUAUUUUUGUUGUAAUUCUUCUCUUUACUGUUCUUUCCUAUCUGCGUCACAGUUUUCAAAGCUUUAAUGUGUCUUUUUUUUGUCAAAGAUGCGUUUGGAACCAUGUUUGACAGGGGUGGUCAGCAAUACAUCUGACUGAAGUUCCCCCUUUUUUUUCAAUUUCGUGUUCAUUCCUUUGCUGAUGCAAGUUUAGAGCUGUUAAGAAGAGAUUUUAAUGUAUUUUACCAAAAAACUGCCGAUGGCAGGGUUUCCUUAGGUUGUUGUGGAGGAAAAAAUAACGCUAGCAAGUGGAUUGUGAU